AGAAUGACAGUUGACAAAUGUCGCCCAGGAGUUGAUUUCCUAGUUGGUUCCUUACUAUCGUAAUUCACAGGAACUGGAGAUAUGAAUUCUUAAAUUGUAAUAUUAUCAUGUAAUUUAAAGUUAUAAUUAAAUGUUCUAAUUAAAAACAAUACAACCAUGAUUUGGUCAUUGAAUAGAAAAUUAAUAUUCGGAACGGGCGUGCGGUUGACUCCGUCUUUUUUAAUACCGCUGUUUACUAAUAGAAAUGAAAAUGAUACAGUUAGUCCUCAGACAGAUUCUAUGCAAAAAACAGGAUGGGAUAGAGUAAGAGAUAUGUACAAAAAGGAUGAAUUUGGUGAAGUAUCUGUAGAACUACACAAUGUGGCUCAAGCAACAAUGUGCGGUUUAUUUGUAGGUGUAUGUUUAGGUGGAUUUGCAAAAUCGAGAGAUGCCUACUUGCACUUCAUAGAAAACAAUCAAGCUACUAUAUUUAAUUCAACCAUUCAAGCUAAGAAAAAAUUACAAGAUUAUGUAACAAUCGCUUUUGCGAGAGGAGCUUACCAUUGGGGAUGGAGACUGGGUAUAUUUACUGGAAUGUUUAGUUUAAUAUCAACAACAGUUUCCGUGUACCGUGACCAAAGUUCACUUGGAGAUUAUGUUGCAGCGGGAACUAUAACUGGAGCAAUGUACAAAGCUAAUUUAGGACCAGCCGCGAUGACGGUUGGUGCAUUCCUAGGAGGAGUUUUGAGUACUAUCGGUGGCAUACUUAUAUUGAGUAUACUAAAACUAACUGGAGUCUCUAUGGAAGAUAUUAGAAAAUCAUUAUAUAAAAUAAAGGAAGCAAGAUAUGAUCAAUUUAAACAGGCAGUGGAAAAGUCGGCAACUGAAAAACACGACAGUCUAACGCUACACCACGAUGAGAUUGUUGAAGGGAAAGGUGUGAAAAAAAUAGAAGACAUACCAUAAUUUAUUUAAUUAUAUAUAUAUAUAUAUUGUACAAUGACUUAAGGGUUAUGAUGAAUAGUUAUAUAA